CGACCACACCCCCAAACCACCCGCACUGGCUGCUUGCCCGUCCUGUUCAGUCAGGUCGACCCUGGACGUGCUCCCCGUCUCCCAGCUGCAAUUGCUUGCUUGCUUGCUUGCUGUCCGUCUGUAUUGCAAGGUCCGGCCUGCCUGCCUGCCUGCCUGCCUGCCUGCCUGCCUUUUACUCGUUUGUUGGUCAUCGUUCGUUCGUACCGCUCUGCCUCUGCGAAACCGACAAAGCCAGUCUCGGAAUUCCACUUUUGCUGCCGCCGUCAGCUGCCUCAGACUUGAUUUGCCUGUAGCCUCUGCUUUUGCAUUGGCCUCGCCCCGCCCUGGCUUUGCAUCACCUUGCCUUCUGUCCUGCACUGACUGGUUUCCAAACCCGUUUGGAAUUCUACUCCCACGGUAUCCUCGCGACCUCCUGCUGCCAGUUUUGCCAGGUGCAAAUCCCAUCGUGCGCGCCCCUCGGCCCCCCCUUUCCGCCUCGUCGCAACGACUUCUACGUGUAUGCUGUAGAGCAACUACGACCACCCAAUUGCGACGACUAGACUGGCGCGCCCACCACCUCAGACUUUCCCCGACACCAUUCCAAUGGAACAGCUCCUAUGAGGCAUGCCAAGGUCGAAUCCAAGCGCUGAGGACCGGGACAACCAGUUCGACAGGCGCUCAUCCAAAUCUCUGCUGGCACCUUCGUCCGAGCCGCACGAGAACCAGCCUGGACACUCAGAUGCGUCGCCGACGUCGCAAGGAAAUGAGCGAGCCGUGAUGUCGGAUCGCCCCAAAGCCGCAGGAGAGGGCAAGCAGCCUCUGCAAGACCCGAGGAUCUUGGCCUUCAGCCGGAGUGCUUCAGGCCAAGCUGGUGGCAGCGGGAAGUCGGGCGGAGGACCUGCGUCCCACAACCGGGAGCAGUCGAGCAGCAGCAACCUCGAGACUGCACGUGGCGGUGGUGAUGAUGGGGCAAACCCGCCAGAGCCCAGCUCCCCCAGGUCCGCCAAGGACUCUGCCAGCCAGCUCAGCCAGUAUCGCGAGAAGCUGACCAGGGAGAUUCAGCGGCAAGGUCUAGGCGCAAAGCCCGUCCAAGCUCUGGCUCAACCACAACACAUGGUGUCGCCUAUACCCGAGGACAGCGCUGCCGGCCCCGCCGCUGCGACAAACACACCCAGCCCGAUGGUGUCGUCCGGGCCUUCUACCGCGUCAACUAAUGCCUCGACAGAAUCUAACCAGACAGUCAGAGGAGGUGUCACUCCUGGCUUCGUGGCCAAGACCCCGUCGUACCCAUUCCCCCGGAUGGCCAGCAAUCCAGGAUAUGUUCCUUCAUCUUUGCACAGGCCUUUCACGACGCUGUCGCCGACCGGGCAAGCGUACGACUUGUCUUCCAUGUCCGCGGUGGGAACGCCCAACCACGGGGCUGCCCGCCCGUAUGAUAGGAUCUUGUCUAACCCUUCGACGCCUGCUUCUACGAUAACAUUCCAGCCUGCUGGUGCCAUCCACCCAGGCGACGAUCCGGACUUUCCCACCCCAAAUCUUUAUGAGUUGUCAUUGAUGUUGUCGGCUGAGCCGGGGUUGGAGGCCUGGUGGAAGACUGUCGUGCAUAUCAUGACAGUCUGCUUCAAAGCUGAGAGGCUGACAUUGUCUGUACCGGCUGACUCAACUGACCUGGAAAACGUUCCCUGGGGCCAGAAAGCAACCUACAACGCACGGCCAGAAGAUAGCCUGAGCAUGGAGUACAUGGCAAGGGGCAGUAGUCUUGUGCCCAGCAGCAUGGGCGACAUAUCUGAGGUUCUAUCACCAGCAGAGGAUGACACCUUACGCUUGCAGUCUCCAACACGUCCCCACAUCCAUACUCGCCAUUCUUUCACGGCAUAUGAAGAGGAAAAACAAAAGGACAGCGCAUCUGCUAAACCCCGGCCCUUAUUCAAGCGACCAGCUGUGUUAGCCAGGAGCAAGAGCACGUAUCCUGAGACUCCAAUACCGCACAUGGGAUUGAACCAACAAGCCUUAGAAGAGCACAAUGCAGAGGCGCCCGAAGUUGCCGGUGGAUGGGAUGCACCGGCACCGGAGAGGGAGAUACAAGGGAGGGUUUUUGAACUGCUACAAGCUCUGGACUACGAGGCGGAUCCGCUGAUCGACCAUCAUGGUGUGACCAAAGUCCUAGAACGAGGGCGCGUCAUUGCUCUAACGCGAAGUUAUCCAUACCUUGAGGACGUGUCCCAGACCAAAGCCCCAGACAACAAAGCAGCCAGCCGCACUCACUCGCCGGAAGGACUCAGAAAGAAGAGCAGGUGGAUUCGGCACGACUCCUCCACGAAGCUAUCGAACAUCCUCAGCUCAGCCCAUCCUAUGAGUCGUCAUCCUAACGAAAGGAGGGCCACGCAAAACAUUGACAAGAUGAUCUCUGAAGGGGAGCCCAGACGACCGCCUACCCCGAAAUAUGAGGAGUAUGAGCAAGCACCCCCUUCUCCCUGGUCGCAAUCGCCGGCUCCCUCGCCUGCAAUCCGUGCCGAGCCAAAGGACAAUCCUUUCUUCACCGAAGCUAUUGUCGAUGAAUCAUCUUUCGAUCCCACUCAGACGACCCCAGACUACACCGCAAUAGGCCCACAGGAGGCUAUCGGGGUAGACAAUGCUUGGACUGUUCUGCACAUCCCCCUGAGACACCCACUGCUCUCAAAGCCAUCGAGUGGGUUCAAACUGGACACCACGCUUAUGGAGCAGAGGUCGUCGCGUCGCGGGAAGGAGAACGCUCCAGACAGUGAGAAACACAUUGACCCUGACACGUUCCGGAGAGAAAAGCAAACGCCCGUGGCCAUUCUGUCCAUCCUCAGCCCCACGAUACCUUAUCCGUCCAAUCUUCGCUAUUCGUUGGAGCAUCUCUCACCUCAUCUGGCAACAUCAUUUGCGCUAUGCCGCCAUUACAGCAACUUGGAGGCUGAGGUCAGCAGGAUGCAUCACCGAAGGCCAAGAGUCUCUGGGUUCGGCGCCGUGGAUGCCGAGGGCCGACCGAUCACUGACCCAGCGAUCAUUAACUACGCGGCCCCUGAAGAGGCAGGGGACAAUUCUUUGGCCGGAAGCAUGACAAGUCCGAGUGAGUACUCUACGCAAUCACGAAGCGUAACGGGCACUCCUGGUGGCACACCAGGCUGGGAGUCCGCUGGCUUUGGGACCGUGAUGGACAAGCGACCUGCGGUAUCGAGCCCCGCUCCUGCGGGUGGUGACAGCUACUUCACAACCAAAUCCAAAGCGAACAACAAGCCUGAAUUUUCGUCUUCUAUACAGCACCGGGUCAGACGCAAUUCCAGGAGCAGCACUACCUCAGAGAAGCGGUCCUCCCUUCGCUUAUCCGGUGGAAUCCCCAUGGAAUCUGGGCAUCUCAACCUCGACAUCAACGAGGACGAUCAGCCUGCGGAAUCUGCAAUCAAGGCACCAGAUGACCCCACCCAAGUAGCCCCCACGAAGAAGGUAACAGGCAAGGAAGCAUCAUCAGAAAGCAAAGAGGACAAGCAAGCCGAGACCAAGGGAGCUAGGGCGACGUUCCAAACCCCUCACCGCCAUGUCAAGCUCCAUUCUUACGGAGGGGACUUUGCCACGACCUUCCAAUCACUGCCGCCAGGCUCGACCGUUCCCACGAGGGGCACUCCAUCUCGAGCCGAUACCAUGCCCACAAACACCUCCGAAAUGGCUUUGCCUACUGACAAGUUGAAGGACCUCAUCUUGGAUUCUAUACCAGCGCAACUCUUUGUGACUCUACCAAGGACUGGCGAGAUUGUCUGGGUGAACAGCCGGUACCUCGCAUACCGUGGUCAAUCUCUUGCAGAGCUCCAUGCGGAUCCUCAUGCAAGCUUUCACCCAGACGAUCGAGAGACCUAUCUCAAAGCGUGGGGUCGCGCAGUCAAGACGAGCACGGACUUCCAAAUGAACGUGCGGAUCCGCCGCUUCGAUGGGGCUUUUCGAUGUUUCUCGGCAAGGGUCGUCGCCUGCAAGAAUAAGCGGAACGAAAUCGUAUAUCACCUGGGCUCCUACACGGACAUCCAUGAACAGACCAUGGCAGAGCUCAAGGUUGUCAGGCAGCAGGAGAUUGAGGCAUCUGAAGCCAAAUACAGAUUCCUUGCAAAUUUGAUCCCGCAAAUCAUCUUCACCGCCACUGAGGAUGAGGGCAUAACCUUUGCCAACGAGCAGUGGCUUGCUUAUACUGGGCAGAGCGAGGACGACGCUCUAGGCUUAGGAUUUAUGGACUACGUGCACCCUGAGGAUUUGGCCAAAUGUCGGAUACCUUCGGGCCAGAACUCGACGACGACGCCCCUCGGUCGGGCGAAGAAGAGCAGAAAGACCCAAGAAGGGCACAAUGCCAAUAAACCGACCGACCUUGCGACCCCGAAGAACACCCCCCUUGCUGAGAGCAACAUACGAGGUGUGCAUCACCCGCUUUCUCGACAGAAUAGCUCGAGUAGUGACUCGGUCUAUGAACUUCCAUCUGCAAAUUUGACAGAGUUGGCCAGGGACGGCGUUGUCAAGGUGGGAAGGGAUAGCAACGGCAGAUUAUCAUACUCUACCGAGAUCCGGCUUCGCUCAAAGACCGGUGAAUAUCGCUGGCACCUGGUACGCUGUGUCGAAAUUGACAACAUUGGGAUCGGAAGCAGCUCCUACUUUGGUUCGGCAACAGACAUCAAUGACCAUAAGUUGCUCGAGGCGAAGCUGAAGGAGGCCAUGGAAUCGAAGAGCCGUUUCCUGAGCAACAUGUCACACGAAAUCAGAACGCCACUGAUCGGGAUAUCGGGAAUGGUCAGCUUCCUUCAAGACACCACUCUGAACGAGGAGCAGCGAGAUUACACGAACACGAUUCAAACCAGCGCAAACAGUUUGCUGAUGAUCAUAAACGACAUCCUCGAUCUUUCAAAGGUGGACGCCGGCAUGAUGAAGCUCAACCACGAGUGGUUCCAUACACGUGCUCUAAUAGAAGACGUGAAUGAGUUGGUCUCAGCCAUGGCUAUUGCUAGGAGGCUGGAGCUGAACUACAUAGUCGAGGAGGAUGUUCCCGUGUGGGUUAAAGGCGACAGAGUGAGGAUUAGACAAGUGCUUCUCAAUGUGAUCGGCAACGCAAUCAAGUUCACCGACACCGGCGAGGUGUUCAGCCGAUGCAGGGUCAGGACCGAUGCAUCAGGGCUUGGUGAACACCAGGUAAUGCUUGAGUUCGCAGUGAUUGACACUGGAAGAGGCUUCACUGAGGACGAGUCGAAACUCAUCUUCAAACCGUUCAGCCAGAUCGAUGGCAGCAGCACAAGAGCCCAUGGCGGCAGCGGCCUUGGACUCGUCAUCUCACGACAGCUUGUGGAACUCCACGGCGGAAAGAUGGACGGCACAGCUGUGCCGGGACGGGGCGCGACCUUCACAUUCACGGCUAAGUUCAGCCUGCCGACCGCAGACGACCACCCGGAUGUACCAGCGAACCCAGAGCUGCCCAAGACUCCUGCCGUUCUCGAGGAAAUUCCGACUCAGCCAUUUCGCCAAUUCACCAUCACAAAGCACCGUUCCUCUUCAGCUGCCAGCCCGAGCCAUGCUGAGCAGGAAUCCUCCCCUGCGGUUGUAUCUAGCGGAAGCUCAAACCCGUCCGUGACAUCCACUGGCACACGUGUCACAGGAAGAUCGUCAAUAUCGUCUGUGAAUGUCGGCUUAGCCAGGUUCAGCGAGGCCGCCAGGGCCAGUGGGCAGGAUCUCACCCAGAUGAAGUUGGAGAUGCCCUCAGGGCGAACUUCACCUGGACAAACGCCAACUGCUGAGAACGCGGGAAAGGUUGUGACCGCGAAGGAGUUCCGGCCGCCGAUGUUCUCGAUCCUGGUGAUCUGCCCUCAGAAGUACAGCCGCGAAGCUACAACGCAGCAUAUCGAGAUGACCUUGCCGAAGGACGUGCCUCAUCAGAUCACGGCACUUGCGAGUGCUCGAGAAGCUAAGCAAUUGAUCAGUCGCGAUGACCCGGUCAUCUUCACACACAUACUCAUCAAUCUCGCCUCAUCCGAAGAGGUCUUAGCCUUAAUAAGUGAGAUCAGUAGCUCGACUUUGUUAACGAAGACAAAGGUGGUUCUGCUAUCUGAUUCCAUCCAGCGACAAGCUCUGACCAAGCUCGUCGAGGACAGUAAUCUCGCGGACGUGGUUUCUGACAACCGAGUCACCUACGUUUACAAGCCAGUGAAACCAUCGCGCUUGGCUGUCGUGUUUGAUCCAGCCAAGGAGGGGGACUUGAGCGUGGACCGUAAUCGGUCUACUGCUCAGCAGAUAGUCGAGACGCAGAAGAAGAGCUACCAGGAAGUCGAGAAGCGAAUGGGCAACAAGGGCUACAAAGUACUACUUGUCGAGGACAACCCCGUGAACCAAAAGGUCCUCAAGAAGUAUCUGAUCAAGGUUGGGUUGGAGGUGGAACUGGCUGCAGAUGGCGAGGAGUGCACGAACAAGGUAUUCAGCCAUGACCAUGGCUUCUAUUCCUUGAUACUGUGCGAUCUUCAUAUGCCCCGAAAGGAUGGCUACCAGGCGUGUCGUGAGAUCAGAGUCUGGGAAGCCAAGAAUAAGCAUGGCCACAUGCCCAUCAUUGCACUCUCUGCGAACGUCAUGUCCGACGUACAGGAGAAGUGUGUCGAAGCAGGCUUCAGUGACUAUGUCACGAAACCGGUUGACUUCAUCGACUUGUCAACAGCCUUGUCGAAAUUCUUUUGAGCCUGAAACUUGAGCGAGAAGCCAGACACUAUCGAACGUGGCAGAUGCGACAACAAAGACACAGUAAACGAAUAGAUGUCGCUUGCAUACUACUGGCGUUACCAUUGAGGUAGUUCUAUCUACCAGACAGCAUCAUACGCUUGUGGCCAAGGAGUUCACUCAGCGAGCCAGCAUAUUUGAUUUCAUCUCCUUUCUGUAUAAAAUCCCCUGAUACCAAUUCACACCAAAUUCCAUUUUCUCGUCUCCGAUUUACCAACCUGAUACCAGGCGAGCAGACGUCGUCGAAGCUGGGAGAGACGCGUGGCUCAUGGGGCGCACAAGCAGCAUGGACAAACCGGGGGGAUAGUUAUCGGCAGUCAACGGCAAAUUUGUUUCUAAACUUUUAUCAUGCACGUUUUGCGGGGCCUUAGAGGGCGUGUUGCGAGAUUGGGGGUCAACUUCUUUCAUGGGUUGCCACAAUGUCUUGUCCGGCGAGGUUUUCAGGUUGGCCUGCAUCGUUCUUCAUACUGCUGCUGGCACUACUAGCGCGAGGCAUCAGGGACAGUUCUCACGCCACCAGCCGUCGACGGCAGGCAUAAUUAUUAGUUCUCGCCUUCUCCGGGCUCGAGACUGGGCCAUCCUGCGCUUUCCCCAGCGCUUGUUGAUUCUUCAAGGAGUCCUCGAUGGGAAAUCAUUUCGGAGUUACAGGGGUUUGGUUGGGGUAUGGGACUGAAGAAGGGUUGGAAGUUUCGGGCGUGAAAGGGGGCGGUCUUGUUUUUUUCGGCGAUGCGGA